AUGGCUGAGAUUCCCUUGUGGGUUUUGAUUAAAGAACAAGAGAAAAAUUGGCGUGGUACUUUGCUGGCUGUGUUCACGAUCGGGCUCAUAUCUGGACUGAUCAUCAUUGCUGCUCUAUUCGUGACCUAUCAUUCAUUUGUCUAUGCCAACCCGAACGGAAGCUGGUCCCGUCUGGAUUUGCCGCGUGGUACCUCAGUGCGAACGUUCGCGGAUGCUUUGCAACUGGCUCGUCCGAUGAAUUUGGAUCUGGCCGAUAUCCCGCAAAUCACAGGUCUGUGGCCCAAUUCAAAACAAACCGCAUGGCUUAUACAGUUUGAUGAGAAGCGAAUUGGUCUUCAAGAUUCUGGGUUUCAUUAUUUGGUCGUAUUGGCUGACAAUACUCGAAUCUCGGUGAAUCCGAAAGGAUCGGAUAACCAGUCAGCACUGGUUCAUUGUGCCGCAUGGAACGCAAAGGAGUAUUCACUGGUAGGUGCCCUCCAUCCGGAGAUAUCUCCAUAUUUCAAUUCACCGCAUUUGUUUCCGCAGAUAACACCGGGAUUGAGCUGA